ACAGGACACACUUCGUGGACAGCAGCAGCCUUAUAAGGGCAGGGGUACUGUGUCACCGAAAAACGUCCCAUAGCUUCCCAGGCACAAUUGAUAUAAUGGAUCCCAACACUGAAGAUGCAGAGAGCCAAAAUGUUGAGGAUCGCUUCCAUCAUGAUGCAGCACAGUACAAAGUGACCUAUCCUAAAGGAAGAAACACAAAACAGGUGGAUGAUGCUGCAAAUGAAGAGUGCAACAAAAAGAGAUACCCGGUUAGCCGCUCUGGGAACAUCCCAGGCAGAGUGAAGCGGGUAGUGUCAUGUAAAAGGAAGACUCAUCAUCUGACUGUGGCUCGAAGAAAGCAGCUUGGGUCUGGGAGAACUUGUGAUGCUGCAAACAAAGAAAAUGAGACAAAAGUCUCGCAGGGCACACAGCAGGAUAUUUUCAGUAUGGACCCCUGGGAUUUCCCAUUUCAUGUCAAUAAUAUCAAUAACAACCAAGGAACUGAUAGAACUGGUUCUGAAGAGGCUGACUACUGUGUACUGACUGAGCUCACGAGGGAUCACAACACACUGACUGACGUGCUUUUUGGAAGAAAUCUAAGACUCAAAGUGGCUUUAACGUUGUGGCAGAGAAAUGUUGGAGAGCUGCUGACAUACUUUCUGAGAAUCCAAGACACUGGUGUGUUUGUUGACUUUCUCCCCCUCAUAAGCAAAUGCAUCGAUGAGGAUUCUUCAAAGAUAACCAUCGGCUGUUGUGUCGACCUCUUUCCUUUAGUUAGCAAAGUCCUCAGCAGUCCAUAUGAAGAGCAUCUUAUUGUUGGCCUAAAGUGGGUAAAUUCAGUUUUAAAAAACUGGUGGGAGGAUCUAAAAGCUAGUGGCUUCAGUGGCUCAACAAACCCUCUGCUGGAUGAAAACUUUCAAGUUUUUAAUCAGCAGUUAUGGGAAUUGUGGCAGCAGGAACCCUUUUUGAAGUCUGUUCCAGGACCUGCAGGAGGCAUGGCAAAGGUCAUCGAUUCCUUCCUGUCUAAACUCACAUGACAGCAGUGAAGAUCCUGAACGCAUCGUUCUCCGUUAACAGUUCAAUUCAAUUUUAUUCGCCUCAAGGUGCUUGAACUGUAGUAGCUGCUGACGUGUGGGCUGGAUGUAUUUGCAGAGCAGCUUAACCAACUAAAGAAUUGAGCAAUGUGUACAACAACAAUGGUGUGACAAAGCUGAUAAUUUCUCUCUUAAGUAGCAAAGUAGUAUUUUGUAAAUAAUUAUCCAACUCAGAUAUUUUGAGGACUGUAAGAUUUUUGUCCUUUUAACUGCUUCAUCAAUCAUUAACACUUUUUUGUCAUUUGUGAUUGAUAUUAUAAUGAUAUGUUACAAAAACACUAAAACAAAGGGAUGCCACUAAUAUUUCUGUUUUAUGGCUGCAAAAACAACAAUUGCAUCUUCUGUAAAACUGUAUAUGACUGUCUUUACCUUAAGUUGAACUACUCUUGAACUGAGCUGUCAGAUUACAAGCAACACUCUUUGAAAAAGGUAAACUAACACUAAAGAACCAGAUGUUUCUGGCUCUUUAGUGUUUAUGCUUUUGAAAUGGGUAAAAUUUGAAGGCAAAAACAAUCAGCAGAAUUCACAUUGGAGAGGAAAGACUGAUGGAUGUUACAUGACAUAAAGAAAUAAAAGAGAUCAGAAUUUAAAAAGAGGUUAUUUAAUCAAUUCUAUGUGUAAAAUGCAAUGAACAUGCUUCAGUCCUGUGCAGCGUGCUAACUCAAAAUAAAACCGUACUCUGUGUACUACUCUAAUACCUCUGGAUAUAUACAAGUCCUAUGGGGCAGUUUUUUUCUAAUACAUAUCCCAGUGUCCAACAAAUAACGAGGG